AUGUUACCAAACCCACUAGGAUUUUGGGUUCCAGCUGCUUUCUGCCUCAUUUUAGCCUCUUCUUCUUUCCCUUUGGUUUCCUGUUUUGGCUUGUACCCUCAGAACAGCCAAUUGUAUGCUUCAAGCAGGAGACCUGUGAGAGUGAAGAUUGUUAACGUAGAUAGAUUUGGAGCCAAAGGUGAUGGAAGGUGGGAUGACACUCAGGCAUUUGAAAAGGCUUGGAAGGCAGCUUGUUCAUCUACAGGGCCAACUACUGUAUUUGCGGUUCCUAAGAAGAAGAUUUACCUACUCAAACCCAUCACAUUUGCAGGGCCUUGCCGAGCUAAUAAUAUCAUGUUUCAGAUUUUCGGCACGAUUAAGGCGUCUAGAGACAUGAAAGACUACGAAAAUGACAGAAGACACUGGAUAAAGUUUGAGAGCCUCCAAAAUUUCAGAGUUAAGGGUGGUGGAACUAUCGACGGGAAUGGCCAGAUUUGGUGGCAAAACUCUUGCAAAGUCAAUACAAGACUUACAUAUCUGAUUUGUGGGCAGGCGGUCACGUUCUACGAGUGCAACAAUAUAAUCGUAUCGAACUUAAAGUUUCGGAACUCACAGAAGAUGCACGUCUCGUUUGAUAAAUGCGCGGACGUGAAAGUCGUGCGGCUGUUCGUGGCCGCUCCAGAAAACAGCCCUAACACCGAUGGCAUCCACGUCACCGCCACUCAAAAUAUUCAAAUCAGCCGAUGUGUCAUCAAAACGGGCGAUGACUGUAUCUCAAUAGUAAGCGGGUCCAGAAACGUUAAAGCCACGGACAUAACUUGCGGACCUGGUCACGGAAUAAGUAUUGGGAGCUUAGGAGCUGGAAAUUCAGGAGCUCAGGUCUCAGAUGUGGUAGUAAAUAGAGCAAUCCUUACAGGAACGAGCAACGGGGUCAGGAUCAAGACUUGGCAGGGAGGAUCAGGUUAUGCAAGAAACAUACAGUUCCAAAACAUAGCGAUGAACAACGUGACCAAUCCCAUUAUCAUAGAUCAAAAUUACUGCGAUCGAGACGAACCAUGUCACGAACAGGCAUCAGCUGUGCGAGUGAGCAAUGUGAUGUACAAGAACAUAAAGGGAACAAGCGCUUCAAAGGUGGCAAUAAAUUUGGAGUGCAGCAAGAGUGUGCGGUGCCAUGAGAUAGUGAUGCAGGAUGUUUCGCUAGCAAGUCAACGGCCUGAGUAUGUGGAAGCUUCUUGUGUGAGCGUGGACUUAACUAGAAGAGGGAUAGUUACUCCCCUGUGCUCUCCCAAUUGA